AUGCCGGGCGUCGUCGAGGUGCCGGCGGCGCCGCCGUUCAGACGUGAUUUCAGUGUUGGGCAACAGAAGGUGGAACUGGAGAUUGACUUUGCGAAUAAGAGUCUGAAAGGUAGCACCGAAAUCACCAUCUAUCCAAGCCGCGUUGAUCUCCGCACAAUCCACUUGAACUUUCGCCAGGGUGAAAUUAAGCGCCUUACGGUCAAUGGGAAAGCUGCGACAUUGAAAUAUGUCGACCCAUACGAAAGCCUUCACUUGUACGGCCCCCAGUACCACGAGCGCCUAACCCGGAAAGUCGAUGACCCCCAGCUCGAGAUCCCAAUCCCCAAGAGUGUGCACAUCAGAGAAUUGGACUCGCGGUCAACGGAAGCACGAGAGCGGAUUGCCUUGCAGGGCGCCGGGGAAGAUGUCGAUGGACCGCCAGGGAGCAAAGCGCCAGAGAGCAAUCUGCCUCAAUUUUCGGCCGUUACCGUCCAUAUUGAGUUCGUGAUCGAUCGCGUUCGUGAUGGGCUGCAGUUCGUCGGUGUUGAUAGUGGAGAUCGUCGCUACCCACACGCAUUCACUACGAACUCCCUAGAGUCAAGUGUUGGAUGCCCGUUGUUCCCUUGUGUGGACGACCCAUCGUCGCGAUGUGUCUGGGAGAUCUCGAUUUCGUGCCCUGCCACGCUGGGUGACAUUUUCGACCGCAAGGCUACCAGUUCCAGCUCUCGAUCAAAGUCCCAGAACCGUUACAUUUCCGCGGACGAUGGGGGAUUAGAUAUGUCUGUUGUAUGCUCCGGUGAACUGACGGACGAUAUCACUGACCCCAAAGACCCGACGAGGAAGACGGCCUCAUUUGCGUGCUACAACCCUCUCUCUGCCCAGCAGAUUGGCUUUGCGGUUGGGCCUUUCGAGUAUGUCAAUCUCGCAGACUUCCGUGAGAGUGACCAGGACGAGCAGUUGGGACAAAAUGCGAUUCCCGUACAUGCGUUUUGUCUGCCGGGCCGGGCCGACGAAGUGCAAAACACGGGUUUUCCCAUGGCCCAAGCGAUCGAUUUCUUCUCCCUAUCCUAUGGUUCAUACCCAUUCUCCAGCUACAAAAUGUGCUUCGUGGACGAUGUUGUGACAGACACCUUGCCCACCGCCGGAAUGUCAAUUUGUAGCAACCAUCUUCUCUUCCCUGCCGACAUCAUCGAUCCGAUGUACGACUCAACCCGUGCCCUUGCACAUGCUCUGGCAUGCCAAUGGAGUGGUAUUAACAUCAUCCCCAAUGAGCCCGCGGAUACCUGGGUCACCGUCGGUGUGGCAUGGUUCGUGACCGAUACAUUCAUGAAGAAGCUGUGCGGGACCAACGAAUAUCGAUACCGACUCAAGCAAGCUUCUGACAGGAUUUGCGAGUUGGAUUAUGAGCGCCCUUCGAUCUACGAUAUGGGCAAUUUUUUAAAAAUUGAUCCAUCGGAGUAUCGAUUCAUUGCACUCAAGGCACCCUUGGUGUUGUUCAUUCUUGACCGUCGGCUGACAAAGGCAAGUGGAAAAGCUACGAUGUCUCGUAUCAUCUCUCGGCUUUUCCUCAACUCACGAAUGGGUGAUAUUCCCAACGGCGCAGUGACCUCAGCUAUGUUCCAAAGGUUAUGUGAACGCUUCGGCCACGCAAAGUUGGAUGUCUUCUUCCAGCAGUGGGUGUAUGGCGCAGGGUGCCCACGCUUCCAAGCCACGCAGCGAUUCAAUAAGAAGAAGCUGGUGGUUGAAAUGAUGAUCAGACAGGUUCAGGGUGACCAAACAUCGGCCCGAGACCUCGAAAAAGAUUCCUUCUUGCGAGAUGUCAAGGAAGAGAUUCGCCAUGUUUAUGCCGGGCCCAUUCAGCCGGUUUUCACCGGAUCAAUGACCAUUCGAAUCCACGAGGCUGAUGGUACUCCAUACGAGCACAUUGUUGAGAUCAAAGAGGGCGUCACGAAAUUCGAUAUCCCAUAUAAUACCAAGUACAAGAGACUGAAGCGCAACAAGAAGCAACGUGAACGAGCGGUGGCAUCUGGGGAUGCCGAGACGCAAGAGGAUGUUCUCUUGUACUGCCUUGGUGAUGUCCUCCAGACAGAAGAGGAGACUCAGGCCUGGCGCCUUGCAGACUGGACCAAAGAAGACGAAGAACGAAUGGGACAAGAGUCGUAUGAGUGGAUUCGUAUGGAUGCCGAUUUUGAAUGGAUCUGCAGAUUGUCUCUUGGCAUGCCAGGAUACAUGUAUCUGUCGCAGCUUCAGCAGGACCGUGAUGUCGUUGCUCAGCUUGAGUCUCUUCAGUACAUGGCAGCCCAGCGAGAGCAUCCUUUGAUUUCCACCAUCUUUGCUCGCACACUCAUGGACAGUCGAUACUUCCAUGGUAUUCGUGUCACUGCAGCAAAGGCACUCAUUAAACACGCAAAGGAUGAAGUGGAUUGGAUUGGAUUGUAUCAUCUGGAGACAGCAUUCCAGGAGCUCUUUUGCUUACCCGGAUCUCCGAUGACACGAUCAAAUGACUUUUCCGACCGGGCGGCCUAUAUUCUUCAGCAGGUGAUUCCCGAUGCGAUCUCGCAGGUACGCGACAACAGUGGCAAGACCCCUCUGCGGGUGAAGCGUUUCUUAUUCGACAAGCUGAAGUUCAACGACAACUCAAAUAAUGAGUACUCGGAUAACUUUUACGUAGCUUCUCUGAUGCGGUCGCUCUGUCAUGCAAUGCUAGGGAGAACCGAGCCACGACCCGAGGAUGAGUUGUCUCAUUUCGAUAUGGAACGCGUCAUCGAGGCCCAGGCUGAAGAACAGCUUGAAAAAGACGCCAUCGCCGAAUUCGAUCGUUACCGGCGAAUGGACGAAUGGUCCAGCUCUUUCCAGAACCUUUACGCACGAGCUGCCUUGCAAUGCCAGUUGCAACUGAUGCAGGCCCACGUGCAGGAAGUUGAUUUGAUGCGCUUCGUUCCUUAUACUCGUUCUGGAACGUACGACCUCCUUCGCGUUCAGGCAUUUGAGUGUCUCGUUGAUCUGGACAUUGCUCAAAACCACGAUCUCUUCCGCUGGCUCAUCUUCACGAUGACAAGUGACUCGUCGGCUUUUGUUCGUCAUCAUUGCCAACGGCUCUUCGGGCGGGCAUUGGCGCAGGUUGCUUUUGGCCGACCUUCACAGGCCGAACCAGUUCAAACCGGGGGCUUGAUCAUCGAACAGGAAUCAUCCACCGAGGUCCGUCAAGCCGAUCUUGCACGCCGACAAACGGUGCCCGGUGCCAUUGAAGCUCUGAAGAGAGAAAUGUCCGGAGAAUCAUCUCUGCGCGAAUACAUGUGGGCUGCGUGCAACUCGACCGCCAUCGGAGUACACGAGCUUUCUGAGCUUAUGGACGUGUGCAGCAUUCUAUUUGAUCCUGUCACGACUAAAAUCGCAAGGCUCAAAUACCCUCGAUUCUGGAAAGUCCAGCACAUGGGCCACGGUCAACUCCGGUUCUACAAAUCCAACCAAGUUCGCACCAGUCUGGGACCCUCCAAGGACGGCACCAAACGCAAGCGCGAGGAGCAGGGCAUGCAACCCCCUGCUCCGCGGAUUACAUUCAAGCAAUCCAAGACUGCCAUCGCCCCCAGCACCCCAUCCACACCCUCAGCCUUCCCCAAGAUCACCAUCCCAGCCAGCGUACCUCACGCGGCCACAAGUACACCAAUCUCUGCAACUCCAUCCACACCAGCAAGUGGCGGUGGGCUUAAAUUGAAGCUCAAAUUUGGGCAGAAGAAAUGA